CCCACAGGCUACAGCUGCCCACAGUGGAUUUGACAGCAGAUUUAGUCUGUUGGGUCGUUGGGUGUUAGACAAUGGUUUUCUAAAUGCUGUUCGUCGAAUAAUAAUACCGUAUGUUGAUGGUAUUUAACUCCAACUUCUCACGGGUAUUUAACAUUGCCGUUUAACAGUGUGCUUUAAAAAAAUGAGUGGUUAUGGCCGAAGAAGAGGCCGUAACAUUAACCACAUCAACGUUUGUGUCAAAUACACCAUAUUCUUCUUCAACUUUGUGUUUUGGCUUCUUGGAGGAAUUUUUGUUGGAGUUGGCUUGUAUGCCUUCUUUGAGAAAUGGAAAGGCACCGGCUACAGUUUGGUUCUAAAUGCCGAACAAAUGAUUCUUGAUAUAUCUAUCAUCAUGCUUAUUGUUGGUUUUGUCAUGUUCACUGUCAGUUUUGCUGGCUGUGUAGGGGCUCUCAGAGAGAACUCAUGUCUUCUCAAAUUUUACUCAGCUUGUUUGCUACUGUUUUUCAUUGCCGAACUAGCCUUGGCUACACUUGGAUUUGUUUUUCCUCAGAAAGUAACAGGCGUGCUAGAAAAGCAUUUGACUUCGAAACUCAUAGAAUUCUACAGAGAAGAUCCAGAUCUACAGAACAUAAUUGAUUUUACUCAGCAAGAAUUCAAAUGUUGUGGAUUGAGUCAAAGUGGAUUCUUGGACUGGUCUCAGAAUGAAUAUUUCAACUGCACAAAAACUAAUCCUUCUGUUGAAAGAUGUGCUGUUCCGUUUUCAUGUUGCAGAAAUCCUGCGGACAUUAAUACUGGUUUGAUUAACGUGAUGUGCGGUUAUGAGGCGCAACAACUUACAGAGCUUGAAGCUGCAAAGAAAAUUCAUAUUAGUGGCUGCAUUUCAAUCAUCGAAAUGUGGGUGUAUGGUAACCUCUACAUUAUAGCGGGCAUAGCCACUGUUGUGGCUUUUGCGCAGCUUUUUGUGAUUUUCUUGGCAAGAACUCUUGAAGGACAAAUUCAACGUCAAAAAUCAUUAUGGAUGCAUUGAAUUUCUCAUUAGGCACUACUUCUCUGACUCUCAAAGACCAAGAUCAAGAGAACAAACACCUCUUCUUUUUUUAAACUUUCGAACAAACCUUCGAUAUAAUUGUUUGCUUUAAUUCACGUGUUUGUUGUGCAUGUGAUACUGCCUUCUUUUGGCGCCAGAGAUCCCUGUAGCAUUGUCAUGAUGUCAUUUUCAUCGUUCAAGUUUCAUUUAGCAAAAAUAAGAACAACUUUUUCUAAUAAAAGAUACCAAAUCAAA